AUGAUUGAAUCAUUGAGUAUUGUAGAAAAUGCUAAAUAUCUUAGUUCUGUGAAAUACAUCCCUUAUUACCGUCCUAUACCCCAGUCAAGAGGACGUCCUAUAGCCCCAUCAAGAGGACCGUCCUAUAUCCCCAUCAGAAGGACCGUCCUAUAUCCCUGUCAAGAGGACCGUCCUAUACCAACGUCAAGAGGACCAUCCUAUACCCUAUCAGAAGGACCGUCCUAUACCACCGUCAAGAGGACCGUCCUAUACCACCGUCAAGAGGACGUCCUAUAUCCCCGUCAACAGGACCGUCCUAUACCACCGUCAAGAGGACCGUCCGAUACCACCGUCAGGAGAACCGUCCUAUAUCCCCAUCAGAGGGACCGUCCUAUAUCCCUGUCAAGAGGACCGUCCUAUACCACCGUCAAGAGGACCGUCCAAUAUCCCUGUCAAGAGGACCGUCCUAUACCACCGUCAAGAGGACCGUCCAAUAUCCCUGUCGAGAGGACAGUCCUAUACCACCGUCAACCUAUACCACCGUCAAGAGGACCGUCCGAUAUCCCCGUCAAGAGGACCGUCCUAUAUCACCGUCAAGAGGACCGUCCAAUAUCCCCGUCAAGAGGACCGUCCUAUACCACCGUCAAGAGAACCGUCCUAUAUCCCCGCCAAGAGGACCGUCCUAUACCACCGUCAAGAGGACCGUCCAAUAUCCCCGUCAAGAGGACCGUCCUAUACCACCGUCGAGAGGACCGUCCAAUAUCCCUGUCGAGAGGACAGUCCUAUACCACCGUCAUCCUAUACCACCGUCAAGAGGACCGUCCUAUACCACCGUCAUUAGGACCGUCCGAUAUCCUUGUCAAGAGGACCGUCCUAUACCACCGUCAAGAGGACCGUCCAAUAUCCCCUGUCAAGAGGACCGUCCUAUAUCUCUGUCAAAAGGACCGUCCUAUACCACCGUCAAGAGGACCGUCCUAUACCACCGUCAAGAGGACCGUCCUAUACCACCGUCAAGAGAACCGUCCUAUAUCCCCGCCAAGAGGACCGUCCUAUACCACCGUCAAGAGGACCGUCCAAUAUCCCCGUCAAGAGGACCGUCCUAUACCACCGUCGAGAGGACCGUCCAAUAUCCCUGUCGAGAGGACAGUCCUAUACCACCGUCAUCCUAUACCACCGUCAAGAGGACCGUCCUAUACCACCGUCAUUAGGACCGUCCGAUAUCCUUGUCAAGAGGACCGUCCUAUACCACCGUCAAGAGGACCGUCCAAUAUCCCCGUCAAGAGGACCGUCCUAUAUCUCUGUCAAAAGGACCGUCCUAUACCACCGUCAAGAGGACCGUCCUAUAUCCCCGUCAAGAGGACCGUCCUAUACCACCGUCAAGAGAACCGUCCAAUAUCCCUGUCGAGAGGACAGUCCUAUACCACCGUCAUCCUAUACCACCGUCAAGAGGACCGUCCUAUACCACCGUCAUUAGGACCGUCCGAUAUCCUUGUCAAGAGGACCGUCCUAUACCACCGUCAAGAGGACCGUCCAGUAUCCCCGUCAAGAGGACCGUCCUAUAUCUCUGUCAAAAGGACCGUCCUAUACCACCGUCAAGAGGACCGUCAGAUACCACCGUCAAGAGGACCGUCCAAUAUCCCCGUCAAGAGGACCGUCCUAUAUCUCUGUCAAAAGGACCGUCCUAUACCACCGUCAAGAGGACCGUCCGAUACCACCGUCAAGAGGACCGUCCAAUAUCCCCGUCAAGAGGACCGUCCUAUAUCCCCGUCAAGAGGACCGUCCUAUACCACCAUCUUGGUUGUGUCAUGUUUUUAG